ACCAGACAGCUGGGCCCAGGGCUUUUAUAUAUGGAGAGUUUGUUUUGUGUCUGUUGGGUUGGUAGUUUUUGGAGGGUUGUUUUUGCGUAUGUUUGGUUGGUUUUUAUUUUUGUUUUAGAGUCAAGGCUUCACACUGUAGCCCAGGCUGGCCUGGAACUGAUUCUGUAGCCCAGGAUGGCCUCAAAUUUGUGGCAGUUUUCCUACUUCAGCCUCCCAGAUGCUGGGAUCGAAGGCAAGGACCACCAUUCCUGGCUCUUGAGACACAGUCCUGCUAGGCAGCCCAGACUGGCCUGGGUCUUACUGUCACCCACGAUGGCCUCAGCCUUCCAAGAACAGGAAUCACAGGCCUGUACCAUCAUACCUGGCCAAACCUUGGCUUCAAAGGGAAAAUAGCCUGGUUAAAUCCUAACUUCCUCCUUUGCCCUAGCUAUGAGGUCCUAUGUCUUUGUUUCUUUAAGAACCUCAGCUUGUUGCUAGGCUCCCAGGAUUCCUCAGGGAGGGGGUCAGGUGCAUCACCUGUGUGCCUCCGGGACCCUAGCACCUGCCCCUUCCAGCGCCAUUCAGCAGCACUCCCUGCCUGUCUCUUUGUCCAGCGCUGGUCAUCUGCUGUUUUGGACACCACUGAACAGAAGUUACUGGAUCUAUCGUCGAUAGACAGGGGAUAGAGCUCACUGUCAGAGAGGAGUCUACACCUCACAUCCCUACUCUCGGAGACCUGGAACUCAGAUCCAGACAUCACUUAACCCAUGCCACAGGCAUCUCUGAGCCAUGCAGCUCUUCAGCUCCAUCUUCUUCCUCUCCCUCCUCUCCCUCCUCGGUGGUCUGGGUUCCAAGGCAGCUCCCUCAACCUCUCUGCCUGUGGGCUCCGACCCCCAGGGGAUAAUCCAGCCCUCUAGGAUGCCUGUUGCUCUAGAAAAUUCUACUAGAGACAGGCCUACCCCAGGAUACCCCGCAGCGGCUCCUCCUGAGCCCUCCAAGACACCACCCCCCAGACCCAGCCUCUCAGGUUCUCCAGAGACCCCCGUGCCUGCCCAGCUCACAAGCUCAGUCACGGAAUCCCAGGAUGCUUUACAAACGAGCCCCUCCAAAGCAACACUGCCAGGAUCUUCUGAGAUCCCCAAACCUGAUCUGACUGCAAUUUCCCAGACUGGAUCUCCUGACACCCAAAAACCUAACCCCUUCAAAACUUCAUCCUCAGAAUCACCCAGAGCUGAACACACUGACCCUACACCAACUACACACCAAGACUCCCCUGAAAUCCCCAAAGGAGGCACCCCCCAAAUCUCUCCUGGUGAAGGGCCUAAGAUACCAAGUCCUGGCCCCACCCAACUCCUCAGCUUCACAUCCCGAGAGACCUAUGACCCUGGUGCUAACAGAACCCUGAAUUCUGCAUCACUACCAACCACCCAUGCUGACCCCACAGACACUCCACAGUCAGCAUUCAUCACCCACUCCAAUCCCACUGACACCCCCCAGACACAGUUCCCCACAACCACCAACCAAAGUGCAACAGAGAUGGCUGUGAACUCUGACUUAGAAAUCACCACUGGUCUUCCCACCCACCCGACAGCAGCCUUCAGAGAGGAAGCCACCACAUCCAGUGAGCCAGGCUCCAGUCCCAGCCCAGAAUCCCCUGCAGUGACCCGAAAUGCCACUCCUGGCCUGCCCACGUCAGAUCCACUAGAGACCAAAGAGCUGAAUAUACCCCAGAACUCAGGCCCUAAAGGACCAGAUAUCCCUCCUCCCUCAGCACGGAUUGCAGGCCCCCCUGCUCCUCCAGAACACCCCAAUCAGGUAGCCCCUGGGAUGCCCCAGGCCCCUCAGAAACACAGCCGAGGAGAGACAGUCAAUACAAUCAUCGUGGUGGAGCGAGUGAAGGAGACCGGGGUGACUCUGGUCAGCCGCCCGCGAGGCUCCAUCAGUGGAUCCCUGUGCCUGUUCUUCGCCGGGACAGGGAUGCUAAUUGGCAUAUUCCUCCUGCUGUGGUGUCUCUACCGCCGAGCCUCCAGACACAGGUCCUUUGCACACCACCGGCUCCAGGACAGCGGAGAUGAACCGGUCUUGCACCUGGAUGCCCCGAAGGACCCCCUGGACCUCUACUUCUAUGCCCCCGACGCGUGGGUGCCCUCGCACAUCCCCACGCAUCAGCCACCGCCCACGCCCCCGCCGCCGCCCAAGCUGCCCCCUCCGCCCCGCGGCCCGCAGCGCCUGGAAGCCCUGUCUCCUGCCGCGCUGUCCCCCAACUUCCUCUGAUGACUGCAGCAGCCCGGGUCCAGCCCAGCUUCAACGCCUAGAGGAACCCCAGAGCCGAGCAGAGCUUCCCAAUAAAGCCCCUCACCCCCAGA